AACUUUGAGAACCACUGGAAACAUCUGUCUCUAGCUUUGAAAUUUUCGCCGAAUGUUCGGUGCAUCAGUCUCGUAUGCAAUAAUAAGUGAAAUAAAGAAAUAACAAGUGAAAUAACGUAUUUAUUGCAUAUAUUUGUGGUGUAUGUCAACGUAGAGCAAUUAAGCUUCUUAGAUUUGUAUCAUCUUUCUGUCUAAACUCGUACUUCUCGAAUUGGCAGGAUGGAAUCGGAUAAUGUUGAUAUUUCAUCUAAGGAUAAAGGUAGAAGACCUUUGCACACCUUGCAGCCAGCUGCUAACGACAAUGAAGCUUUAGUUGGUGCUGAUAGGAUAAUAAAAUCUAAAUCUACUCAUCAAUUAAAAGAAGCAAAAACAAAAUUCAAUACAAAUAAUACAGCAAACAAAGGUAAACCUAAAGGCAGAAAGAAAGUAAAGGAAGACAAAGCAGUCCAGACUGCACGAGAGGAGAAAGUCAAAAUUGAAGUAAACGAUUUAAUAUCCACAGAUAAUCCCAGUGAAAACUAUUGGCAAGUCUUGGCUGAAAGGCGACGGAUAGCAUUAGAAAAUACUUUAACAGAAAAUAAAAGACUCGAACAAUACGUUGAAUCUUUGGAAGAGAAGCUUCAUGUGUACAAAGAGAUGUUGGAGGAGACAAAAGUGGUUGUUGAAGUGCUGCAGGAAAUGAUUGAAGAUAAUGAAAAUGUAAAUAAUUUAUCAGAUGAUACUGUUCUUUGACUCAGUUUUCUCUGAUUCAUCAACAACUAUAAAAGAUGUAAUAAUCUAUUUUAAUAAUUUAUUUUAAUGAAUAUUAAUCACACUUAUGAUAUUAUUACACAGUGUUUCACUAUGUAUGUAAACUGAUGUUUGUCAGACAAAAAUUGUAUAAUUUGUUUAUUUCAUAAUAGUGUACUAACUUUUUUAUUAAGUAUUAUUAUAAUAAGAUAUUUCAGACGUAACUUUGAAUCAUGACCAAACUAUUAAGGCCCUUGCACAAUAGGCAAUGGCGAUAGCGAUAGCACAGCAAUAGAAAUAGAAAAUUUCAACACUAGAAAAUGCAUAUGCUAGUAUGCUACUGCAAAGUGGAAAACGGAACAGGCGACUAGCGACAAAAUUUUCGAAUUUUGCCUAUCGCUAUAUUCGCUAUCGCCUAUUGCACAAGAGCCUUUAGACACAGUACUGAACCAUGACAUACAAAUAUCUCUAGAUGCGACGCAAUCGUAAAUAAAACUGAUUCCAAUAUCGUAAA